UGAACAGCCGAAAGCAAGCGAUGUCACCGAGGUGUUCGAAGAUUUUUUCUGUGAUGACCUAGGGCUAGGAGAAGCAAAAGAUCACGUUGAAAGGCAAGAAGAAGUGUUGGAUGAUCGCGUUCGCCAUGGUUUUCUUAUCGAAGAUUCGCCACUUCUUACACGCUGUCUCUCACCUACCCCCUCCUCUAUUUCCGCAGACAGCAGCGGGUUCUCGAUGAGUGGUGCCUACUGCAAAAGCGGUCGCUUGUUUUUGAAUUCAAGUCCCUGCCCCUCUGCGGAACAAGAGCAUGUACCCGAAAACGCUGCUAGAGGCCGAACGAGGGUGGACGAACAAGUCUCACCGUGUCCGUCGUCUGUUGAGCAUAAACGAUCGGUAGAGAAGCAAGUUGGUUCUAUACGUGGGAAUCGACGCUUUUUAGAGGACUUUGCCUCACUGUACAACCAUAUCAACAUUCGGCAGCCGGCCUGCGGAGUGUCGACAAAUAGCACGGCAGGAGAGGGUUGCACUCAUGGGCGUCCAGUUUCGAAA